AACUGUGCCAAGGGUUUCAUUUCUGGUAUCGCGCGGCUGGCAAGCCGUGGCGCGGGCAUUAUGGCCGACUUUUCGGAGAGGUCAGUGCAGGUGGCUGUCGUCGUGUCUUUCCUGGCGGGUUUUGCAGCCGGCUGGCAGGCCAACAGAAUGAGGAGGAAGUUUCUGGACUGGCGGAAGAAGAGGCUGCAAGACAAACUGAGUGAGACGCAGAAGAAAAUCGACUUGGCCUGAACCACGGGUUCGUCAUCAAGGAACCGGGCACAAUAUUCGGUGUAAGACCGUGCGCUGCUCUCAGAGGAUGGCCCAGAUGUUCUACGUUGGCCACCGGAGGAGGAAGAAAAACAGGAAUGUCCGUCUGUCAAUCCUGGAUUCUUGACUACUGUCCAAUCUGCAAAACAUGCAUAUCACGAGUGUAUCUUGUCUCAUUUUUGUUGGUGAAAUAAAUGCAAUGUGUUUUCCAAGA